AUGGCAACACAGAAGCUAGCCAUCUCCAUGGCCAUUUCGGCUGCGGUCCUGGUCGCCGCGCUCGCCCAGAACUCCCCGGAGGACUACGUCGGGCUCCACAACGCGGCGCGCAGUGCGGCCGGCGCGCGACCGGUGGCGUGGGACGACGAGAUGGCGCGGGAAGCAGGGAAGCGCACUGAGCGCGGCUGUGGGCUACGUAGCCCGGACGGCGCCGGCUACGUCAACGUACCCGGCCACCACAGGUAUGGCGAGAAUCUCUUCCAGUUCCAUGGCUCGCCGGAAAAGGCAUGGAACGCGGGGGAUGCUUUGGAUGCGUGGACGGCGCCGGCGGCGAGGGAGUACGUUCAGGUCGUGUGGCCGGACUCCACCAAGAUCGGCUGCGCACGUGCCAUCUGCGACCACGGUCGCGGCGUCUUCAUAAGUUGCAACUACGAGCCUGCUGUGAAUGAGAACUUCGGAAGGGCGGCACUUCCUUACAUGUGUAGGUUCAACAUUAGUCGUUGCUUCAAUUGUACCAUAUGCUAG